AGUAUAAAACCUAUCCAUGAUGUAACAUCUCACACUGUGCAGGCUCUGAGGGCGCAACAACCAUGAAGGCUUUUCUCGUCGCGCUACUGGCUGUGGUCCUGUGUGUUGAGGAAGCUUCGUCACUUUUUUGCUAUACAUGUGAAAAUGAACACUCCAACUGGAACUGUCUUAAAACAUACAAGUGUGAAGAUCAUGAGAAGUACUGUACGACAACAUACAGCUCUGCUGGAUUUGGCAAGGACACAGGAUAUCGCAUCACCAAGAAAUGUUCUGCAGACUGUCCUGAGACAAACCUGAACUUCGGUGUGGCGGCCAUCUCCACCAAAUGCUGUGGUACUUCCCUCUGCAAUUUCAGUGGUGCCAACAGUGUGAAAAUCAGCUAUGCCGUGAUGGCCCUGGGAAUUGUGGCUAGUUUCAUCUGUGUCAUCAGGGCAGGAUUGUGAUGAGGAUGGGGUGGGGGAAGAGGACUUCAUAUCUUGAGAACCUAAGUGGUCUUCCCCAUUUGAAAAAUUAAUGUCUUCUGUGUUAACUAUUUCCAUCGCAGUUAAGCUACCCUUUAACCAAGACAUUGUUUCAGAUCCAAUCCACAAAAAGGCAUAGCAGUGUGGCUUCUUCUGGUUUUUCUUCUCCUAUACCAUUUAUUGUUUUUGUAUUAAUUUGUUCUUGGAAAAGCUAUUUUGAUAGCAUGUGUGUGACAGUAGUCAGACAAAAUAAAGAUUUAUGUUAUUCUAGUGUAUGUUUUUUAUAUCCACACUAAGCCUACCCUGGGAAAACAGCCCUGCCAGAAAGGGCUGAAGUUUGAGUCUCUACUUCACAAUUAAAUUUCUCUUUACUAACA